UGUUUUUGUGUGUACAACUUUCUCAGUGUUGUUAUUAACUUAACAAAAUUCAAUGUUAUGAAAUACAUUUGGUUGUCAAUUGGCGUAACGAUUUGACAGAGAUUUGGUGUUAUUUUGGUGACUGCUUUUGUGUGGUCAAUUUAGUUUAUUAUUUACUCCAAUCAAGAAGUGAAAGAAAUUUCGUUUCGAGCUGAGUUGAACCGUUUUUUUAUUGUUAAAUGAGAAUCGUGCCAAAGAUUUUGCACUUUAAAUUCAGAUAACGCGUUGACUGUGGUGAACAAAGCAUAUUUAGGAUGAACAGAGCGUGGCCAUUGAGACGUGUGCUAAAAUAUUCGACCGUUGGAAGUGGUGUUGUGCUAACCGCAUGGAGUCUUCGUUCCAAUGACUAUGAUGUUAAUUCAGUGGGAAUAAUUCGGUUGUCAAGAGCUGCACUUACCGUUUAUGAUAUUGCAUGUUUGUAUCGAAAAAAUCUAUACCAAAAAGAAUGGGAUAAACAAUCAGCCGAAUAUAAAGGUGAAAAAAGUCGAACGCAUGCGGCAGCUGCUGAAAAACUCUUGGAUUUAAUUUGUAUCAAUAAAGGUGUUUACAUAAAGGUUGGCCAACACAUUGGCUCACUAGACUAUUUGUUACCGCCUGAAUAUGUGCGCACAAUGAAAGUGCUACACAGCAAUGCACCAAAGAAUCCAGUCGAAGAUCUCUACAAAGUCAUUCGACAAGAUCUUAAAGUGAACCCGGACGAAUUGUUUGAAACAUUUGAUCCAGAGCCACUGGGAACGGCAUCGCUUGCUCAAGUACAUCGUGCCACAUUGAAAAAUGGACAAGAAGUGGCCGUUAAAGUGCAACAUCCUUAUGUGAUGGGCAAUAGUAAAGUCGACAUGAAAACGAUGGAAUAUUUGUGUAAAAUCAUGUCAUUCGUAUUUCCUGAAUUCAGUAUGCAAUGGCUUGUCGAUGAGUCCAAGAAAAAUCUUCCGAUUGAACUUGACUUUUUGAAUGAAGGACGCAAUGCCGAAAAAGUGGCUAUCAUGUUCAAAGACUAUAAGUGGCUUAAAGUGCCAAAAAUAUUCUGGGAUAUUUCAUCGAAGCGUGUAUUAGUUAUGGAAUAUGCAACCGGUGGACAGGUUAACGAUUUGGAUUACAUUCACAAGAACAAAAUCGAUACGUAUGAUAUUGCAAAUAAAAUCGGCCAACUAUAUUCGAAUAUGAUUUUCAUCAAUGGAUUUGUGCAUAGCGAUCCACAUCCGGGCAAUAUUUUGGUACGCAAAACUUCAAAAGGUGACAACGAAAUUAUUCUAUUGGAUCAUGGUUUAUAUGCUAAUUUAACCGACGAAUUUCGAUAUACAUAUUCAAAACUCUGGUUAAGUAUAUUGAAUGUGGAUCGUAAGGGGAUGCGUUUUCAUACGGGAAAAUUGGGCAUCAAAGGUGAUUUAUAUCCGUUGUUUGCGUGUAUGUUAACUGGCAGACCAUGGGAGAGUGUGAUUGCUGGAAUUGAUCGCAUCAAACCAAAUGAAGCCGAAAAGGAAUUAGUUCAAUCGAAUAGCACACUAGUAUUACCAUCAAUAGCCGAUAUUUUGGAGCAAGUCGAUCGACAGAUGUUGCUGAUUCUCAAAACAAAUGAUCUGAUCCGUGGAAUUGAAACAACUCUACAAACCCAAUAUCGGAUGACAUCAUUUUGGGUUAUGUCAAAAUGUUGCAUCGAAUCGGUGGCCCGACAAGAAAUUCACAAUUCCAAAACCGAUUGGCAACGAUUCGCAAAAAGCUUACACAAAAACUGGUCCAUAUUUAAAUUGAAUAUUUAUUACUUGUACUUGGGUAUCAUUAAUUUUAAUUUAUUUUCAACGCUUCAACAACUGCUUUAGUCAGUAUAGUUGUUGAUCCUGGUCACAAUUCGUUGUUUAUUUUAAAAAAAAUGUUCUAGUUUUCAAUCAACGAGAUUACCAUUUCUAAUAGCCUUCUUUGUAUUGUCGAAGAAAAAAAAAUUUGCCGAAUAUUUUGACGAAGUACCAAAUAAAUGAAAGGAAAGGUGAAACAAAAC